AUGACUCAGAGUCCAAGUCUACGCUCCAUCCUCGGUGGUUCCCGCGUCAAGAAACGAACCUCUUCCGCUAAUAAGCGCUCCUCAUCCUCAUGGACUUCCACACUCGCCCAGACCAAGCCCGGCGCGGCGCCUUCAAAACUACUAGUACCACCACAAUCCCCUAUUGAUCCCGGCCAUGGCCGAUCAUCAGAAGAGAACCCCGGUCCCUCCCCUCCGCCUGCCCUUCUCCCCUCAGCAGCAACCAACAGCAACCCAACCUCAUCAUCAUCAUCAUCAUCAACGCCCCUUCCCUCCAGCAGGAACCCUACCCUCCAAAUCCACCAGCACAUCCUCGACAGCAUGUUCGACCCCUUCCCGCCCAACCUCGCAGGCCUGGGCUCAGCGCGCAUCGCGGCCGCCGCCCGCUUCCGCGCCGCCUUCCCGCCCCUCGUGUCGGUCGCGCACCUGCAGGCUCAGCUCCUCCUCCUCCUCCCCCUCGCCACCACCACGACGCCGGGCGCGCCGCCCUCGCCCUCGCCCUCGCCCGCGGCGGCCGAGCGCGCCAUGGCUGCGCUGGUGCGUGCCGGACUGGCGAGGAAGAUCGUCAUCCCAACGCUGAGGAGGGUGGGUGGUAGGGCUGGGGAGUUGUUUAUCUCGAGCGAGGCUCUGGGCAGGAUGGUUGAGGGGGCGGCGGGGUUGGGUGCGGAGGUCAAGGAGAUAUUUGGGCGCUGGUUGAGGGAUCACCCUGCUGCGGUGAGGAUCUCCCGGGGGGAGCUCGGGGGGGUUGUUGGGUUGGGGGCUGGUGAAGUGGAUGCGCUGGUUAGAGCCGGGUUCUUGACUGCUGGUCAUGAGCAGGGCAGUGGUGGAGGAGGGAAGGGGUUGUAUGCCCGGCCGGAGGAGAGGUAUGCCAUGAUCAGCCUGGAGGCGGUCGCGCGCGCGGCGGCGGGGUCGGUUGCCGCCGUGGGCGGGGAGCGCGUCUUACAUGCCGCCGGCGGGACGGGGGCGCGGAGUAUGGGAGGGUCCGGCGCGGUGGCUGGGGAGUUCAGCGUUGCUGUGCCUGGGAGCGGGGUGUUUCUCAAGCUGGCGUCGGCGGCAGUCGAGCACCUUGCGGAACUGCUCCAUAAGACGCAGCACCGGGAGAUGUCGGAGUCGGAUCUCCGCGAGAAGUGGGAUGGGGGCGUCGUUGGCAGCAGCGAUGCCACUCUGGCAAAGAAGGCGCGCGGAGAGUUCGCCGGAGUCAUGCCCGGAAGGACGAAGAAGUGGAAGCAGUUCCACGGGCUGGCCUUCGGCUGGGUGCUGCAGGAAGCCGUGGGCGCUGGCCUGGUCGAGGUUUUUGAUACGCGCAGUGUCGGACGGGGCGUGCGCUUGGUCUAA